CUCAGCUCGGACACCUUCACACAGACACAGCACAGACUGACAGACAUGGCAGAAGAAGCUCCAGCAGCCGCCCCGGCGAAAGCCCCGGCCAAGGCCCCGAAGAAGAAGUCGGCUCCCCGGCCCAAGAAGGAUGGACCCACCCUCCCGAAGCUGAUCAUCAGCGCCGUGACCGAGUCCAAGGAGCGCAAGGGGCUGUCACUGGCGGGGCUGAAGAAGGUCCUGGCCGGCAAAGGCGUCGAUGUGGCCAAGGCCAACAAGCGCAUCAACACCGCCGUCACCAAGCUGGUGACCAAAGGCACCCUGGCCCAGACCUCCGGGACCGGCGCCUCCGGAUCCUUCAAGCUCGCCAAGAAGGAGACCAAAGCCGCCAAACCCGUGAAGAAAGUGGUGAAGAAGAAGGCCCCCGUUAAAGCCAAGAAGCCCGCAGCCAAGAAAACCGCCGCCAAGAAAGCGACACCCAAGAAAGUGGCGCCCAAAAAGUCCCCGAAGAAGGCACCGGCCAAGAAAGCUGUCAAGAAGGCGCCAGUGAAGAAGAGUCCCAAGAAGGCUCCCGCCAAGAAGGUGGUGAAGAAGGCCGCUCCGAAGAAGAGUCCGGCAAAGAAAGCUCCGGCAAAGAAAGCAGCUCCCAAGAAGACCAAGAAGUAAAGCGGUUUAAUCCUGCACUCAGUGCACCAACGGCUCUUUUAAGAGCCACCACAGCUUCUACUAAAGAGCAGCUCCUCCAUCCUCUACUGCUUAUACUGUAUAUACUUUAUACAACUGGAGGUUGUUAUUGUACAUCUUUAUUAAAUAUUAGAUAUUCAGUUACAUUUACAGCUAUCGGCUCAAUAUGGGGUUAUAAUUAUUGUCCUGUUUUAUAUUUCAGUCAUUCAGUGUCACAAUAAUGUUGAUGAGAAGAAUCUUCAGUCACUCUACAAAUAACACAAAGUUAAUUUAUUUAAGUUUAAUUAUUUGUCUGUUGCACUCGUCCCAAAUUAGUUUAAGGAAUUUAGUUUUAUACAUUUCUAUUAUAGAAUAUAUUUUUGUUACGGUGCUUUUUUCAUGUUUUCUAUUCGUGUUAAUGUCUCAAGCGUUUCAUAAAAUACACAUUUACUACACUUAUAACAUUAUUAUUAUUAUUUUUAAAUGGUCAGAAUUAAAUAAAAUAAAACUACAGUUUGUUGUUUA